AUGCCGCUGGACAGAUUCCAGGAUCGCUCCGAGUACUGGACUCUGUCGCGUCAUCCCAGCUCUAUUCCUGGUGGUAGUUGGACCACUUUCAACUGGAAGACUCACUCAAUUGGUAUGAAGACCCAGAGAGUUGAGUAUGCUGAUCAAGUCCGACAACCUCAGGUCGAAGUAGCAUUCGACGAGCUCGUCUGUUAUCUGCUUGAUCUUGGCGCUGUCCCGAAUCCGCAUGGAUGGAAGUUACUGAGAUCAUCUGGACUUUGGACGCCUGUAGGAUGCUGUUUGAUGAUGUCUCCCGAAGGCCGGCAAGACGCGCUGACAAUCGCUCCCUCGAGUGAUUCCGAUGGUAAUCUCUCUUUGACUGUUGCUUGGUCUAGUUCUUGGAUCACAAGAGAUUAUUCCAACUUGCCGCCAUACUGGGUCCGAUUGCCCUCACCACCUCAAAAAGAGAAUGCAAAUAAGCCCGGAAGCGUGUCGGAGGGCCUAGAGCACUCAACUCGGAACUCAGAGGACGAGCUGACAACAGGGAAGUAUCAGGGCGCCGACUCACGCCCAGGAACCAACAACGCUCCCGCACAGUCGAAUGCAAUCACUUGUCAGAUUUCCAUGUCUGGAAUCGUCACGGCGCUGAUUGAGCAGGACCAUUAUGGUGCCCAGACGACUCUGAACCUAGAAAGCCUUUACAUUGACCACCUGCGAAUUCAGCCUGCUAAAUCCGAUGGUGUGUGGUUUUCCAGUGCAGUGACCGCUUUCGGGACGUCCAGUCAGACGAUCCUGUGGAACUAUAAGAUCCCUGACGAUAUUCUAUCCUUUUCACGGAAGGAAACUGUACCCUGUGGAGUGUUGGUUGUCCUAGGCAUUGUUGAUGAAUCUGAAACACCAACAUGGGCAACCAGGCAUGACGAUCAUGGAACAGACAUCCACAAGUUUGCGCGAAAGUCUCAAGAACAACGAGCUGCGAUGGCUGCAGAAGCACUAUUGCCUCCUGCUCAACGUCAAGCGGCAGCACAGGCUCGGAUGCAAAAGGAGAACCAGGAGCGGAUGGAGGAGAUGCGAGAGAGGCUCAGAACAAGCCAGCUGAGACGCGAUCAGCGAAUGAUGGAAGCCCUACGCAGCCCCAAGUGGGACGCAAAGCUUGUUGCUGAGCAUUGCCUUCGAUGGCUCCAAGGGAAAGGCCUUUGGGAUGACUCGCUUACUGUGAAGGAUGUCGUUGGCUUCAUGUUGCAUCGCAUGGUUCUGGAUGGGGAGUUCGCGUCUAAAAUUUGCCGGAUGCUGGACAAGUGGAAGGCUUGGGCUGAUGUCGGUGGUAUGAAACAGUCUGACUACCAGGCAGUUCAAGACGAUCAAGUUGAAUUUGCGCAUGCGUCGUUGUUAGUGGCUAUGAUUCGAGAUACAUCUACUGCCUUGGAAGGAACUGUGUCUAUGGACCUACAGGAAUGUUUGAGGAUGUGGAGAAAAGUUCGGCUUGGGUGA